UUUCAAUCGAUUCGAAAUAUUUCGAACGACUUGGUAAAUUCCAUUCCCUGUUUCGUUCGAGGUGUUUUCAAAUUCGAAUACCUUUCGUUCGGACUGUUUUGUUUUCGAACAUCUUUCAUUCGAAUCAAACCAAACGUCAAACCCACUUUGUUUAUGAAGGAGUGAAUAAUUUCCGCAGCGGAUGAGCGGUGAACUGCAAAAAUGGAAAAAAACAAAAACAAAACAACCACUAAAAAUCAGUUCGAGCGGAUUGUGCUGCUUCUGGAGCAAGAGCCGGACAUAGCAAAGGGUUUCUCCCGAGGAAAUUCCGGACCCUACUGGGAUGAUCUGGCGGCAGAAGUCAAUAGUUUGGGACCGCCUAUUCGCGAUGGAAGUGGAUGGAAAAAGGUUUGGGCGGACUAUAAGUCCGGAUUAAAGCGAAAACUCGCUCACAACAAACGGGAGCAGAGGGCGACAGGUGGAGGACCCAAUAAAAUUAUCAAUUUGUCCGAGCUGGAGGAGCAGGCAGUUCUACUAACUGGGUUACUUGCGACCGUGGAAGGAAUCCCGGGUACCUCAUCUCAUGGAACACAGUUGGGUUCGCCUUCGGGUGAACCUCAAGCUGCAGACCAGGAAAAUUUUAUAUAUUAUGGUACUUCCGACGAGUGUGACGGUAUCAAUAAUACCAUUCACUUCCAGCCCUCUCAGCCGAAAAAAUCCAGACCUUCUACCACGAGGCUAUUAGAGCUGCAAGUCGGGCAACAAAACAAAUUUCACACCAAUGUGAAAUCCCUGUUAAAAAACACAAACAAGAAUUUGAGUGAUCUGGUUCAUUAUCAGCGCCAAUCAGCUCGAGCGAUUCUUUCCGUGGAUGCCACACUCAAAGAACAUCUGAGUGAACAAAAACGACAUAACCACGAGAUGGAGAAGAUCGCGCUGGAGAAAUCAAUAGCGACAAAUCCUUGAAACGCAGAUUGCGUAUAUUUCAGAACAUUAGAAUAAUGUUUCAAAAUAUCAGUGAUCUGAUUUUUUAUCUUUAUAUUGUAACUCAAGUAUAAAAAAAUGAAAAAAAGUUCUAAUCGUAUUUUUAUAUCUUUCCAUGGAAGAAAAAUCUUACUUAAUUUUUUCUUUGAAGUUUGUUUGGAAUAGCAUCAAAAUUAUAUAAACUUUUUUAAAAUUCACGAAUUUCGCCUAUAGUUUAUGGAACUUCCUUAACCCCUUCACGUACAACAUUGAACUUCACUCGUUGUUUCUCGAUGUGAAAUAAUUACAUAGCUUCAGGCAUAUGAUGAGGAUACCGACAACUGAAGAUUAUAAAAUUUCCGUUAUUUAAAAAAAAAUUGAAUGAGCUAAAAAUAUAAAAUAUAAUUUGAAUAUUAUAAUUAAAAUAAAAACGAACGAGUUAGUACGUAGUAAUAACUCCUUCGUUUUUAUUUUAAACACAACAUGUAUUUGCUCAUCA